CGGCAACGGAACCGGCGAGCUACCGUACCCUACGCACGGCAGAAGAUUGCUGGCAUUGCACUGCAUUGCAUUGCACUGCAUCGGCGGGGCGUACGAUACGAACGGCUCGGAAGAACGGCAGUGCACAACUCCCUGUCGGGCAUUGCAUUGGACCCCGCAUUGAUCCACGCACGGUACCGUGCCGUGCCUCAUCGCACCCCAUCGCACCCCAUCGCACCCCAUCCCAUCGCACACGCGCAGCAAGGACGGGCACCGCCAUGACGCCGACGCCGCCCCCGCACAAGGGUGUCGAGGCCUCCGCUUCCGCCCGCCCGAAUGCCACCGGAUUCCGUCUCCCGAACCGAGACGAGCGAGACCGUGCCACGAGGGAAGCCGAGGAAUGCCUCGAGGCCACGAAACACGAAAGCGGGUUUCAGCUGGACGGCUUCAAUCUCCUGGGGGUGGUGGCCAAUCCCCGAUCGGGGGGUGCCGGGGCAACGGUGCAGCAAAGCGCUGCAACGACCACGACGCCGGGGGAGGGACCCGGCAGCCGGCAGCCACCGGGUGCCGUUGCGCCUCCGGGACAAGCCCAAGCACCACAUCCACCACCACAACCCCCAAGCAGGGCACCACUCGGAUCGUCAUCGGCAUCGGCAUCGUCCGCAGACCAGCAGCAUCACGGAAUGUUUUCCGAUGCCGUCCAGACCUUCGAAGACACCCUGGCGCACGUGGCGGAACAAAUCGAAUCGCUCAACCUCUUUCUGGAACAGCUCUCCCGUCAGUACCUGGGCGACGACACGGACGAAGCCCUGUACCUGGAGUACUACUACCAGAACGAAGAGGAGGACGAGACCCACCCGAUGCACAUGAUGCGCGCCGACAACAUCCCGCCCGAGCUGGUCAACCUCGAGCUGCAGGAGAUGCAGUACUACCUGGAGGAGUGCGGGGUGCUGGCCCACACCCUCGUGGCACAGGGCCUGAACACCCGGACGCUCCACUCGGAGGACGUGGUCGACCAGGAUCGGCUCAACCAGCAGCUGGAGGACAUUCCCUCCGUCUUUUACGAGACGGAUUUUGAUCUGACCGACGCACGAACCUUUGCCGAGUUGCUGCUGCGGCAGGACGGAAACGAAACCAAAACCGAACACGACGGUGCUCCCGGCGACGAAACGACCACCAAACCCACCAAUUCCCUCUACCAGCCGACGCAGGAACUCAUUCCGGUGCGGGAGCAAGAAUUCUUGGCGGGUCACCUGGACCGGGUCGAGCUGGCCCUGCAGGAGCAGGUCCGGCAAAAGUCGACCGCCUUUUUCCAGGAAACAACGCGGUUCCAGCAGCUGCAAUCCAGCAUCGUCGACCUCCUCCGGCAGGUCCAGAACCUGAGGGCCUGCAUGCAGCAGGCCCUGGGUGUGUACCGACAAACAAAGGACAUUUCCGAUCACCAGCGGCAGGACUACGAGAUUCUCGUCGAUCUGCUGGACGGAUCCAUGGAACUGGUGCGGUGCAAGGCUUCCAUCGGUGGAUUGUUGUCCGCCAACGACCACCUGGGUGCCGCGCUGCAAAUACAAUACGGUCGCAGGUUGUUGAACGGCAGCAGCGGCAUCGAGGAGGGUGCGGAGGACGCACCCGGGGCUUCCAGCGACGACAAUCCUGCCGAAAGCAGCGGCACCGGAAAUGCAAAGAACGGCAACGGCAACAGCCACACCGAGAACCACCACCACGAUCACAACGACGAUGCUGCAACACUGGAGCUUCGAUUGCUGACAGCCUUGUCUUCUACCGGUGCUCAGUUUACGCAAUACGAAUCGCUCGUGGUACAGAGUUUGUCCGACGAGCUCGUGGAACUAUUCUUUCAUUGGAGACCCAGCGAACGAGAACGGGUUCUCGAAACGGCGGAAGCCCUCCAAAUCUGUGGCGCCGUGCACAAGACCUCGGAGCUCUAUCAGCGACGGUUGCAGCAAAUGAUCCGAAUGACGGUUCGAACCACAAUUGCCGAGUUCAUGGAGUCCUCCUCCUCGUCUGUGGGCAGCAACAAAUCUUCCGGAGGUGUCACCGGUAUGACGUAUCCAGCCUUUUACAAUUGUCUUCAAUUGUUGAUCGAAGAAAUCAAAUCGAUACUUGUCAUGGCGCAUCGCGUCGAUGAGUUUUGUGCGUCGGAAGCCAUCUUUGGAGAAAUCUCGUCGCCGGGCAAUUUAAACGGGAGCGAACGAUGGACCAAAGAGGCAGUCGUACAGGCGGCAGAGUUGGCGACCAACUCGAUCGCCGAGCUUUUGAGACUCCGAAAAGAAGCACACUCGGUGAUCUCGCUCUCGGAAAUGAAGCAACUCUGGGACACCUGUACAGAGUUCGCAACAAAAAUGGAGGAUUACAGCAACCAAACCAGAGCUGUUAGCCUCCGAUCGACGCUGGUGGGUCAAGCAAAAUCAUUUUUGGAUCGAACGCACGAAUCCAAUAUGUCGACGUUGGUCUCUGCGCUAGAUUCCGAACGUUGGUCCCAGUGCGAGGUACGUUGUGUUUUGUUGUGUUGUGUUCGGUUGCUUGUGAUGGGCGCAUCAUGGAUUGGCAAUGCAUGCAAUGAUGUGCCUUUCAUUCACUUCGUUUCUCAAUUUUUGCUGUUAAUUGUUCCCAUCGCCUCAUCUCAAACUUGUGUACCGUCAAAGGUAUCAAACGAGAGACAAGCAGCCCUCACGAGGUUAUGUACUGGGCUUGCCACUGUUUCGACCCCAUUGCGAAAUCUCCAACAGAAUGGAGAUGACGACCAAAAGGGCAAAGCGAAGAAUCCAGUCGCAGUUGUGGAAGGAGUAAACUAUAAAGUUGUGUGGUCCUGCCUGCUUCUAAUCGAAAUGAUCAUGACAAAUUUAUCGUCUGCUGCCUACUUUCAGCGGACUCUCGCGACAAAUGCGGUUACGAAAGUGGUUGAAUUAAUGAGACUUUUUAACGCACGAGCCACAAACCUUGUCCUUGGAGCGGGAGCAAUUCAUUCUGCUGCCAGGCUCAAAUCCAUCAAUGCCAAGCACCUUUCGUAUGUUACACAGUGCCUCGGAAUGACAAUAUCGUUAUUGCCUCACAUUCGAGCAGCCUUAAUGGCUCAGCUCCCUGCAAAACAACAUGGUCUUUUGAUAGACUUGGACAGCAUCAAAAGUGAAUACAAAGAUCACAACGAGAAAGUUCUGAACAAGUUUGUAUCCAUCAUCGGUGGUAUUGUUGAGCAUGGACUGGCACCACGAAUUGCGAGUGUCGACUUCGAUGACAGAGCCAAAAAACAAGCAACCGCCAACGAGGAAGACGUUGUAGAAUGUUUUGUCUUUUUAGACGGCAUUUCAAGCAGUACCCGCAAACUCCAUACUGUUCUUAAUGCACUUUUGCCUCCGGAUCACCUCCAGGACGUAUUUUCACGCAUAUUUGCACACCUUGAUGAGCAUAUUCCAAAACUAUUUGUCGCCGCAGUUACGACUGGUGCUUUUACAUUUCCAUCCUCAGAUGCUGGAAAGAAUAGACUUCUAACAGAAGUUGGGCAAACAACAAAGACGCUGAAUGGAUUGAGUGGGGUCCUGCCCUGGGAUUUCACUGCCAUCAACGUCUUAGAGAGGAAGCUAGAUUAUAAAUUACCAGCCUUGAUAGAACCAACUGAAACUCAGACAGAUGAAGAGAUUACACUGGCAAUCAAUGAGAACGAGGAAAUAGCUGAGGCUGCUGCCCAGGGCGGAAGAACAACCGGUUCAGAGAAACAAGUAUCCGCCGAAGGCACUGGUCACGACGAUGGUGAUACAGUGGAACCAUCCGUGGCGGUCGAAAAGGGUCUGCCAUCUGAAACCGAGAGCGCCAAAAACAACCUUGUCGAUGACAGUGAAGGUUCACCGAUACUAAACAGUGGUGAGAAUACAGAAUCCAUCGCAACUGACUUAACAACCAAUGCAGCAGAGAAUGGAGAACGAGGCCUUCCAAGUGAAGAAAACGGGACUCAAGCUACCAAAAAUACAGUUCAGGAGUAAUCACUCACUUCAAAAUAUCUUGUAGCGUACCUGAUAGGUAACUUAAAGGGAAAAUUUCCUGCAUCAUUCAAUAGUAUACAGUUUAGUAUCCGGUUUGGACCACCAGUGUGUAGUUUCAUCAAUUGGACGGAGGUGUUGAACACUCUCUUUAGUACGAUGAUCAAGAUGAGGAAUAAAUGAAAAACUAAUUG